AUGGUGGACCAGAACUCGAACGCGCCACAGCCGCAGAGCCCGAACGAUGCAACGCCCUCCCAGGCCGCCAACCAAGGCAUGUCUGCGCCGUCGGUGGUGGUUGCCGGCCAGAUGAUGCUUAUCUUCGCGCUGGUGCUUAUAUUUCUCGUCUGCCUCGCUGUCGCCGUGCACCUGUACCUGCGUCGAAGGAGGCGAAGGAGGAAGGGAAAACCCAAGACCAAGAAGAAGGAGAUGAGAAAGUCGGCGACACCACAGCAACCGGAGCUGCAGUCUCAAGAAAGGAAGAUUGCAGAGCUCGUUGGCACACCACUAUGCGAGAUCGGGGAUUCAGAGCCACGGCAUGAGAUGGAAGACGCCGAGGUCCACGAACGAUAUACCACAAUCGAUCUCCAAAAUCCACGAGACAAUCCCGUCCUUAUUAGCCCGCUUGAUCCCGACCUAGAAUCAGGCACCUGGCCGUACGACGAAAUGACUACCCCUUCGACUGCGGCUCCAGAAGCGAGAGAAUACGCCGUGUACUGGUCUCGAGGGCUUUGA